CGGCGGUACUCGCCGGCCCCAUGGCGGCGGAGCCCCAGCCCAAGGCGCUGACUCGCAAGCCCCUCCUGCUCAACAAAGUGGAGGGCUCGCAGGAGGUGGUGAACAUGGCAGCGAUAGUGCCCAAGGAGGACGGGGUCAUCAGCGUCUCCGAAGACAGGACAGUUCGUGUCUGGCUGAAGAGAGACAGUGGGCAGUACUGGCCCAGCAUAUACCAUGCAAUGCCAUCUCCAUGUUCAUGCAUGUCUUUUAACCCGGAAACCAGAAGGCUGUCCAUAGGUCUAGACAAUGGUACAAUCUCAGAAUUCAUUUUAUCAGAAGACUACAACAAGAUGACACUAGUGAAAAGUUACCAGGCUCAUCAAAGCAGGGUCAUCAUGAUUCUGUUUGUCCUGGAGAUGGAGUGGGUGUUGAGCACCGGACAAGACAAACACUUCACGUGGCACUGCUCGGAGAGUGGCCAGCGGCUGGGGGGGUACCGCACCAGCGCGGGCGCCUGCGGCCUCCAAUUUGAUGUGGAAACUCGGCAUGUGUUUGUUGGUGACCAUUCUGGGCAGGUGACCAUCCUCAAAUUAGAGCAAGAGUCCUGCAGCCUUGUUACCACAUUUAAGGGACACACAGGUGGUGUCACUGCUCUCUGCUGGGACCCAAUACAGCGAAUUUUAUUCUCAGGCAGUUCUGAUCAUUCCAUUAUAAUGUGGGAUAUUGGAGGAAGAAAAGGAACAGCCAUUGAGCUGCAAGGACAUAAUGAUAAAGUUCAGUCUCUCUCCUAUGCUCACCACACUCGGCAGCUCAUCUCCUGUGGUGCAGAUGGGGGAAUCGUUGUCUGGAACAUGGAUGUUGAGAGGCAGGAGACCCCGGAGUGGCUGGAUAGUGACUCCUGUCAAAAAUGUGACCAGCCUUUCUUCUGGAACUUCAAGCAAAUGUGGGACAGUAAGAAAAUAGGCCUCAGGCAGCAUCACUGCCGGAAGUGUGGGAAAGCCGUGUGUGGGAAAUGCAGCUCCAAGCGCUCCUCCAUCCCACUGAUGGGGUUCGAGUUUGAAGUGAGGGUCUGUGACAGCUGCCACGAGUCCAUAACAGAUGAGGAGCGGGCACCUACAGCUACUUUCCAUGACAGCAAACACAACAUUGUUCACGUACACUUUGAUGCCACCAGGGGAUGGCUGCUGACCUCGGGGACAGACAAGGUUAUUAAGUUGUGGGAUAUGACACCAGUAGUGUCUUGAUGUUACAUCAAUGGAACUUGAAAGGUGAUAUUUACAGAAGAAACUGAUUUCCUAACCCUAAUUAUACUGCAGAAGAUAGAUAACACUGGGUGCAUACAGAUGAGAAAGGAACUAAUGUGUUUACAACAACUUUAUGUCCUCUGCUUGAUCCAGGCUGAACAUUUGCACGAAGACUCUUUCCACUUCUUCUCAAAAUAUACAAGAAGGUAUUUUUUUAACUAACGGUUUGUACGAUCUGACUUUGGUUGUCUUGAGUUUGUUUGGAAAAACCUGUGUGCAGUGCAAUUUUUAGUUUUUAUAUUUCACUAUGUCAAGAUACUUGCUGCUUUGUACAGAGGGUUCUUGGGCUGUGUCUUCCUCUGUGAGUUUUUGGUGUCAACGGACUGUGUAAGGCAAUCGGCUCUCCCUGCAGCCAGUACCUGUUGGUUUGGGACAUUUCUGCUGACCAUGCUCUCUCCAGAGGAGAAAAUCCAGGCACGGUCUCUGGGUGCAUCACCGAGGAGCUGAUGGACUGUUGCAAUUCCUAAAAGGGCUCUACCAUCUGCUUGUCCUAGUGGGCAUCAUCCAGAGAACAUUCAUUGGUCUGUAUAAUCUUCCUGCCUCUUCCUUUGCUGCACAAGUCGCAGAACCAGGGGUCAGGUUAUUCAGCAACUGAUUUCUACAGAAAACUGAAAUAGUUUUCCAGCUCAGAGCAUUACAAGGAGCACACAGACUUGUUUGAGUUUGAUGAUGCUAACAGUCUGAUUCAAAUGAAAUUAUUGGCAACAGGAACUUUUGGGAGUGUGUGCAUGGAGGGGGGCAGAUCUAAAACUGGUCUAGAUCUGAAAAGUCUGGUUUAUCUCUACCUCUACCUCUACCUUGCACAGCAACAUUUAAGCAUUUAUACCUGUCUGUGUUGUUGAAGAUGAAUUUUGUUUUUCCUGUUUUCCAUAUGGUUAAUCAUAUUUAUUUUUUAAAAUACUGAUGGUUCUUAUUAAUUUCCUCUAUAUACUCAAAAGUGAUAUUGCUGAAUGAUGCCCAUUGUCCUGUUGUCAUACUUUACAGUUUCUCUUAAAAAUAAACAGUAUUUUAAAACCUG